AUGGACAUCAGUGAGCUGGCUGAGAAGCUCAGGUCAGAACUGACCUGUUCCAUUUGCUUGGAUCUCUUCACCCAAGCAGUGACCCUUGAGUGCGGGCACAACUUCUGCAGAGAGUGUAUCCUUCAGAGCUGGCAGCAAGCCCUGGUCCCAAGGCUGUGCCCGCUGUGCAAGACAAGGAGUGGGCCCAGAGGCUUAAAGCCCACCUGGGCCCUGGAGGGCUUAGUCAGCAUCAUGAGGCAGCCGAGACCUCCCGGGCCCCGUGAAAUGGGCGGCCAGGCCACCUGUGGCCAACACGCGGCCAUGCACAAGCUGUUCUGUGAAGAUGACCACCUCCCGCUGUGUGCCUCCUGCGUACUCUCUCAGGAACACAAAGCUCACCAGGUGUACCCCCUGGAAGAGUCUGCUCAGACCUGCAGGGGACAGCUGCAGGAAGCCCUUGGCAGUGCCUGGGCCAGGGAGAGAGAGGCCCACGUGUUGCUGGAGCAGGAGAGAGGGAGGAGGCUGAGGUGCCGAAUGGAGGGCCUCCUGCUGAAGAGGCUCAUCCUGCCCCAAUACCUCAAGACCCAGCCUGCCUGGAAGCAGGGCAAACAACAGGAUCUCCUGGACAGGCAAAACAGAAGGAAUGCCAAGAGACUGAGGGCCAGCGAGGCCAGCAUCUCCAGCUACAUCCAAAGCCUCAGGAAGCUGACUGAGGAGCUGCAGAAGACUUUGGAGCAGCCACUCUUGCAGAUGCUUCUGGGAGGGAGGAGCCCUUUGCAAAGGAGUCGGGAGCUGCUGCUCAGCUGUCCACAGCCUGCUGCCCUAAGCUGGACCGUGUGUGGAACCUCUGGAAUGAGGGAACUACUACUGGCCUUCCAAAGCCACAUCAGUCUGGAUCCCGGAACAGCCUAUUCCCAUCUCAUCCUCUCUGCAGAUCUCAAGAGCGUGAGCCUUGCCAGCAACUGGUGGGAACUCCUGGCCAACCCACAAGGGGCCACGGACUAUCCUUUUUCCGUGCUGGGUGCUCAGAGCUUCACCUCGGGGACCCAUUAUUGGGAGGUGGAGGUAGUGAGCCAGACAGAGUGGGAAGUGGGCCUCUGGGCAGGGCCAGGAGAUGGCCAGGGAGAUAUCCAAGGGGACGCGCUCUCCCUGGCCUGCCUCAAAACGGGAGACCAGUUCAGCCUGUGGAUCUCACACACCACGGAAGAACCUGAACAAACAGGACCCCUGCACAGGCUGGGCAUUUUCCUCCACUACGAAGCAGGGCACGUGUCCUUUUACAAUGUGACACAGGGCUGCCUGAUCUACGCCUUUCCCCCUCUCACCUUCCAGGGUCCUCUCAGGCCUCUCUUCUCCCUUGGCGUUCUACAGGAAGACAACCAGCCCAGCGCUCUCACCAUCUCUCCACUGAGCCCUCAGUCCUGA